UUGAUACCGUACAAUGAAAUAGCGCGCGAGAGGAAUGGUGCCUUUAAAAUAACAGACAACAGUUUAACAAACCCAUGAACAAAGAUGGAGAGGUUCUACCCAGCUCAUCGGUCAACAGAACCCCAAUGUUUUCUCUCAGGGUCUAGGUCAGCAGAUCCCUCAAGUUUUGAUCCGGCGUCUAGAUCUUUCUGUUCCAGUACACCUUUAUACAGACACUAUGAUCAACAAGAUCGAGCCCUAUCUGUGAUUCCUCAGUGUCUCACCCAGCGCUAUCAGAAACACAGCCUGCAGAGUCAGUCUUGUAGACCCAUGCUGAUACACAACAGCUUCUCGGACAACAGUUUUGAGUAUCGGUCCAGUCUGCGGAACUCUGUUGGUGUUCAUCGGGGAUGGAGAAGCAUGGUACAUCAACCUUCAGAUGUCCCUACAAAGAGCUGUAGUGUAGAUCUGUGUCAGGACGGCUACUGUCAUAACCCCCACACAGGGCCCAGUGUAACUCGUAGAGGUAGUUUCCCUCCCCUAGUCACGGCCCCUGCCUCGGGGAUGAUGCAUGUGAUAGAGGAAAACAAUGGAGACAGAGUAAUAUCCACCUCCGACGAAGUAGAAGAGGGGGAGAGUUACGGAAAUACAUCUGAUGUCUAUCCUCUCACUCAAAACACAGGCAGUUUGGCCGGGCAGUUUGGGAGUGAGGUAAGACACAUAUUUGGGAGUGAGCAAGCUGAAGUCCAGUCUCUAUACUCCUGGAUCAUCAAACUACUGCCAGACAAGUCCGGGCCGUGUGUGGAGGGCAAACUCAGGGAGGAGGAUGACACAUUCUGGCAUUCCAGUCUGAUUGCUGAGAGACUGAACUCACACCUCGUACAGACAGUCAGUGGGAAGAAGUAUCAUCUGAUGGGGGACAUGGAAGUGGAGGAAGCUGUCUUUGGAGGAUUUGAUGAGCAGACAGUCAGGGAGUUUGUGCAUGGAUUCCCUGAUCAUUGGAGAGAUGUGGUCGACCAAUUCUUUCUAAGAGUUGCUGCCAAAAGUCCAGAUCCAGAGCUAUCUGAUGAUGAUGUAGAUAAUGAUGACAUCAGCUUACUAGAAGAAACUCUAACCCCCUCAGAAGACAAGCGCACACCAGAAGCAGCCAGUGUUAAGGAAUCUAAAAGGAAAGUAGGGAGACCUAAGAAAAUGAUCGCCAAAAAACCUGUGACGCGAGCAAGGAAGUCGGACGACGGAAAAAAGACGCUUCCAGCCAAGAUAUCCCCACCCAAAAAUGUAAAGAAGAAGAAAAUUGUCAAUGAAGAUGUGGUACAUGUAAAUGGUGAUGUCAACUUAGUAGAAGAAACAGCAAACCCUUCAGAGGACAAGCCAAUAACAGAAGUGAAGGAAUCUAAAAAGAAAGUAGGGAGACCAAAGAAAGGGAUCGCCAAAUUACCUGUGACACGAAUAAGGAAGUUAGACAAAGGCAAGAAGGUGUCUCCACCCACAGACAAAUCCCAACCCAAGGAAAAACCCCCACCCAAUAGUGUGAAGGUUUCCAAAAGAAAAAGUGCUACAACUCUGCUCAAUGAAACAGAGAUGUACACACCAAAUGGCAAGAUGAUUCAGUUGGACACGGUUCAGACCACCAGGAGUGGUCGAGCGGUGAAGCCGGUGGUCGCCUGGUACACUGGGCAAUCGGUCAGCAUCGACCCCGACACAAACUCGUAUGUCGUCAAAUACAGGACUCAAUCUGCUGAGUCUUUCCACAAGGACAUGGCCCAGUUAUUCAAGACCAGAUCACAUGUGUCAAGAAAAACUCUAAAUGUGAGUAAAAUAUCACAAAGAAAUCAAAGUAGCAAGAAUAAGGACAAUGUUGUCAAAGCUGAAAAAAAGAAAGAGGAGUCUGUAAAUGUAGAAAAGAGGAAAGGGGAAACUGUUAAUGGUGAAAAAAAAGAAACUGUAAAAGAAGGGACUUCAAAUAGGAAAAAGAAAGCUGUAAAAGAAGGGACUUCAAAUAGGAAAAAGGAAGCUGUAAAAGAAGGGACUUCAAAUAGGAAAAAGGAAGCUGUAAAAGAAGGGACUUCAAAUAGGAAAACGGAAGCUGUAAAAGAACGGACUUCAAUUAAGAAAAAAGAAGCUGUAAAAGGAAGAAAGAAGGAGACAGGAAAGGAGAAUGACGUGACACAACAGAGUGAGGUGACCUGGACAAAGGAAGAGGUCACCAGAUUCAAUCUAAUAGUAAGAAAUUUGAAUCAGGAUGACCCCGACUUUUGGAACAAAAUUAUGAACUAUGUAAGAACAAAAACUAUAGAAGAAUGCCAGGAACAUUUCUACACAGCCAUGUCCAGCAGAAAGAGGCCCAGCAAACCUCAAAAUUCUGCCAAAGACCCUAAGGAGCAUGAGGUAGCCCUGACAGCAAAGCGAGGAACACUGAAGAGAAAGCAGCAGUUACGGGACUUAGUUGACCACUCCAACAAGCGGUACCAGGAAGACCUGUUUGAUGGUACACCAUAUCGCCACCACUCUAAAAUACCACGCCUCUCGGGGGAUCAACAAGACGACGUUUUUGCUGAGCUGAGCAAGAGGAAUCCCCACAUGAUGAACAAAGUGUUCACACCAAUGACACGCAUCAAUAUGGAUCCUGUGUCCACCAAGAAGACCCCCUCGUCUGGCCUCACUGCAGACCCAAAGAUUAACAGAAAAGAUGCUGAUCAGUACAUUCACAAGAUGAACAUUCAGCGGCGCAAACUUGGCAACAAAAAGACCAAGCCGUCAAAAGAUAAGGUCAAGGACAAGACUCCUGUUCCAAACAAAAAACUGUUCGGUAAAAGUGAUGACCUCCAGAGCCUCUUAAUGGAGCGGUGUGAUUCGGACAGUAACCAUGACGACUCGGAUCAGGAAUCGGACUAUUACUUCUCAGAGGAGGGGGAUGUGUAA